AUGGCGAGCCAGGACCCAGUCAAUCCUUCCCACGCUGCGUUUGACCUCUUUAUCCAAGCCCAGACCUGUAAGGAUGUGCAGCGCUACUUCGCUGAGCUCUGCAAACAGGUAGAGGUUGACCCCAAGGACUUCAGGAGCUUCUACACCAAGCUGAAGGAAAGGCUGAACUACUGGAAGGCCAAAGCCCUGUGGACAAAGCUGGAUAAGAGGGCAUCUCACCCAGAUUACGAGCAAGGAAAAGUCUGUGCCAAAAACAAGUGUCUGGUGCUGGGUGCUGGGCCAUGCGGGCUGAGGACGGCCAUUGAGCUUUCCCUUCUGGGGGCUCAGGUGGUGGUGGUGGAGAAGAGAGAGACCUUCUCCAGGAACAACGUUCUCCACCUGUGGCCCUACACCAUCUAUGACCUCCGUGGGCUCGGCGCCAAGAAGUUCUACGGCAGAUUCUGCACCGGAGCACUCGAUCACAUCAGCAUCCGUCAGCUGCAGUUGAUCCUAUUAAAAGUGUCAUUGCUCCUUGGGGUGGAGGUGCACACCGGAGUGGAUUUCCAGGGCUUGAUUGAGCCCUCAGGAGACAAAGGUUGGACGGCCAAGCUGCAUCCUGGCUGUCAUCCUGCUGCAGCCUUCCAAUUUGAUGUCUUUAUCUCUGCUGGAGGAGGCAGGUUUAUCCCUGAUGGCUUCAAGCACAAGGAGCUCAGAGGCAAGCUGGCCAUUGGCAUCACAGCCAACUUCAUCAACAGGCACACGGCUGCUGAGGCCCAGGUAGCAGAGAUCAGUGGUGUGGCCAGGAUCUACAACCAGAAGUUCUUCCAAGACCUGCUCACUGCCACGGGUAUCGAUUUGGAGAAUAUUGUCUACUAUAAAGACGACACGCACUACUUUGUCAUGACUGCCAAGAAGAAGAGCCUGCUGAAGAAGGGGGUCAUUAAACAGGACUACAGUGAUGCGGAGGAGCUGCUUGCCCCUGCAAACGUGGACCACGAGGCUCUGUGCUGCUAUGCCCGUGAAGCUGCCCACUUCUCCACAGGCGGCCAGCUGCCUGACCUUCAGUUUGCUCAGAACCACGCGGGCCGGCCAGACGUGGCCAUGUUUGACUUCACCUGCAUGCACCGUGCAGAAAAUGCCUCGCUGGUGAAGGAGAGGAAGGGAAAGAAACUAUUGAUCGGCCUCGUUGGAGACUGUUUGGUGGAGCCAUUCUGGCCUCUGGGAACAGGUAUAGCCCGUGGGUUCCUGGCUGCUUUUGACGCAGCGUGGAUGGUGAGGAGCUGGGGCAAGGGGACCGCACCUCUCAAGGUGCUGUCAGAACGAGAAAGCGUCUACCAGCUCUUGUCCCAGACAACCCCAGAAAACACCAGCAAAAACUACGCUGGUUACAGCAUAGACCCGUCAACACGGUACCAGCACAUCAACUUCUCCUCCAUAAAGGCCAAUCAGGUGCAGCACCUGUAUGUUGUUGACGACUCCAAGUCCAAUCCAUCGAGCAAGAAACAGAAGAAUGGGUGGUCGCACAUGCGCCAAGAUUCAGUUGGUGGGUUUGACGAGUUGAUAAAAUGGUGCCAGAAACACACAGCUGGUUAUGAGAACGUCAAUGUAAAAGAUCUGACUCAGUCGUGGAGGUCCGGACUCGCUCUCUGCGCUCUAAUCCACCACUUCAGACCUCAGCUCAUUGACAUGUCUACCCUGGAUGAGUCCAAUGCUGUUCACAACAACCAGCUGGCCUUCAGCAUCCUGGAGAGGGAGCUGGGCAUCUCCCCUAUUAUGUCUGCCAGCGACAUGGCCAGCAGUGGUCAGAUAGACAAGUUGUCCAUGGUCCUGUAUCUGACCCAGAUCCAAGACGCCUUCGCUGCACCGGCUAAAGAACCCACAGGCCUCCUGGUGUCGCCUAAGCCCCUGUCUUUUGCCCGGACACAGUCAGCUGUCUUCUUCCUCAACAAGCUGAAGCACAAUUCCCUGCAGAGACGCAAGGAAAAGCUGGCCGCUCAGAGACAAACAACAAAAGAAAGACAGAUGAGGAUGGGUGAUGAGGACAGCCCGAUAGCGCCCCUUGUGGCCCCUGAGCUGAGCCCUACGUCCGGUCCUAAGGCAGACUCUGACGUUGGCAUGGCCGUGUCGACAGGGAACAGUGAGGAGUGUUACUUCUGUGGCCAGAGGGUCUAUGUGCUGGAGCGCAUCAGCGCCGAGGGCAAAUUCUUCCACCGGAGCUGCUUCACCUGCCAUCAGUGCGGCAUCACACUCAGACUGGGGGGAUACACCUUCAACCAGACCACAGGGAGGUUCUACUGUGAGCAGCACUCGGAAGAUCUGGAGCUGGAGAGCGGGGCUGAAAUAUCCGUUUGUAAGGACAACAGAACUAAUCACAAAGGGUCAAAUGAAGAUAACGGACUUUCUAGUGAUGGUCAUACACCGUCUCCCUCAGAGAGCGAGGACGAGUACACUUUGGAUGGUACACACAAACAGCCACAUCAACCUGAAGGAGAAGAAGAUCACCAUAGGCUUGAAUCCAAAGAAGAAUCCUAUGAGUCGCAUCCAUCAGAUAUUACAGAUCCUGCGUCUGAACUUGUAGCGCCUACUGAAGAGGAGACAGGAGAAGAUCCUCCCUCAGAGUCCGUGUCCCACCCUGUGCCAAAGCCCCGCCUCUCCCGACAGACCACACCCAGUCCUCAACCCUCUCCUCCUGUACCCAAACCGCGCAGCAUCCACCUUGUUAACCCCUCACCUCCUGAGAAGCAUUCACCUCUGAGCCCUGGGCAAAAGAGUGGAAACCUCAAAGGAGCGUCAGACUCCCGUCCUAAGCAGUCACUGCGUAAGCUUCAGCUAACAGAUGAGGAGAAAAGCCAACUCGUCAACCUCCAGAGCCUCAGCCUAGACUCUGACUCUGAAACCCCCGGGGGAUCCUCCUCCUGCUCGUCUUCCUCAGCCACAGCAGGGGGGCCAAGCCCUCCAAAACCAGCAGGCCAAGACGGGCAGGAAGAAGAAGGCUACUGGAGCGGGAGUACAGCGGGACACGUCCGGGAGAAGAGGAACCGACGAUGCUUCAGGAGGAAAGAGGAGCCGGGUGGGCAGACCAGGGUUCGGUCCAAGUUUUCACCCUGGAAUCUGUCUUCCCCAAGGCUCAGCAGAGACCACCGACUCAGUGUCCUCAAUAAUCACCCGGGGAGGGUGGAAACAACAUUCAGGCAUGCUCACAGCACCUUAGAGGAUGGUGUGGAUGGAGACGACGAUGAUGACGACGAUGAUGAGAUGUUCGGACGAGACGACAUUGAUUUAUUUGAUGAGAAAUUUCAGACGGUGCCCUCUGACCCUGUUGAGGCGGAAAAGUUGGAGUUGAUGAAAAUGAGGACACUGGAGCGGCGAGCCAAGAUGAGCGAACUGCAGCGCUUCCGCAAAGCCCAGUCUAUCCAGAGGAGACUGGAGGAGAUUGAGGUGACCUUCAAGGAGCUGGAGGAUAAAGGUGUGGUGUUGGAGCAAGCUCUCAGAGGAGAGGCAGGCAGCGGAGGUUCUCCUGAGAUGAUCGAGCAUUGGAUCCAACUCGUCCACCAGAAGAACGCUUUGGUUUCUGAGGAGUCAGACCUCAUGGUCGCGUCUCGGCAGCUGGAGCUUGAAGACAAGCAAAGCAUGCUGGAAAUGGAGCUCAGGAGACAUAUGGAACUGAGUGAGAAGACAACAGAGCAGCAGGAAGAGGAGGAUCGAGUCCUUCAACAAAUGAUCGAGGUGGUGGACAUGAGGGAUUCCCUGGUGGCGUUUCUGGAGGAGAAGAGGCUGAAGGAGAUGAGCGAGGAGCAGGAAGCCUUCUCCAUCAUGGAGGCUAAGAGGCACUCCAAGGCAGGAGCUCAGGUUCACUGGGCGUAAGGCUUUCACAGACAGACGCAUACAUGAACCUGCAUUUAGACACUGUGCUCACAUCUAGCGCGUGUGAGACUUGCUGCUUUCAGACUUGGAACCUGAAAUUUUGCAAAGCCAAAGAUGAUACACGGCAUCAUUGUGGAGGGCAUCCCACCAUCAGCGCUCCCUAAGCGCAUGGGAUAAAGUGCUUCAAGGCGUGAGAGCCAGUGUUUGAAUGAGAAUCAGUUGUGGUCCGCCCCCUAGAGGGAGACAUAAGCCUGGGGAUCUCAGACUUUGAGUUGAUGCGUCCAAAUGACUCUCCAGCUAAGCCCUUCCUGCCAUGGUAGUGUGGAUUUCCAGCAACAGCCCACAUACGGAAAAGACUCCCGCUGUUUGCUGCACUACCAAACACCCACUGCACAACAGCUAAUCAUUAAAGGCCGGGGACUUGGCCUGGUUUAGUCUCAGUAACAUAUGACUCAAGUGCAAAGUCGAGACACAGCUGAAUAAAACUGAGGCGGUGAAACCCACUGUGGAACUGCAGAAGGUGGCUUUUUUUUUGCCUCAGAGAUGUAGGUUGAAAACACAGGAUGGGAGGCGUUUCUGAAAAUAGUUCUGACGUUCAUGUUGAUUUCACUUGUGCCACCAUGACUAAGUGCUACCGUUCACAAAAAAAAAAAAAAAAAACAUAAUGUACAUAUCACAAUUCUAUGUUUGGUAUUUGUAUACUGCAUAAAUUCUAGAAAUUAUUUGGUGUUAAAAGAAAAUAUAAGAGGUGAUUAAAGUAUAUAAGAUUAGUCAAAUUCAAAUUAUCAGUAUUUAUGAUUUUUUAUUUUUAGUAUUAUUCAUUCUGUCAUUAUAUUAACUCUUCCUACCAUUCACCAUGUGCUUUUUGCAUUGCAUGUUUGACGGUUGAUCUCAGGAGUUGAUGGUUCAGUCCUCUAAGAGCAGAGUUAGGAUUUUCACUGAUGGCCUUUGGUAGUGUGCUGUCAGGUGUGCUACAGGAGCACAGGGGGUUUCUGGGUAGUUGAAAAAUAAACUUAAGGGAUGAGUUCAUUUAUAUGUAAAAGCCAGCAUCUAUCAUCUACAGAUUUGCCUCUCCAUGUCUUAGCAAUAUAGGCAGUCCAAGAUAAAGACGACCAAUUUUAGUGAGAGCAAGCCUCAUAUAUUCUUUGUUCUAAUGCUGCCAUUUUGUCGCACCCAGACAGCACAUCACGUUAUAUCAAAUAAAGAUCAUGCACUUUGA